UAACCUACAGACUGUUCCUAAUGGAAGAAAGAAAACUCUAACUACUCACAAAUGCUUCUUGUCAGAAUGAAAUUCCUACAGCUACUGUCCAGGAAACCUGGGAAACUGGAACUGCUUUUUCAAAUACCUUUUUCCCAGAAGCAAUUCCCAUAUUUGCGUCUGGCUACCUCCACUUGUCUUCAUAGUAAGAAGAAAAAACUAAACAGUUAUGAACAAGUUGACCAAGAAAAAUACAAGAACUUGGUCUACUCUGUUACGUCGUAUAAAACCAGUGCCCAAACACCAGAGACAAUAUUUGAGGAAGACAAUUUCUUAUAUGGGCCACCAGAUAAACACAGACCUCCAGCUAAAGCUGAAACAAAAACUCCCAAGAACUGGGUUCCUUUAAUAAACCCCAACAAGAAAAUUCCUCUUCUCAACAGUGAUUCAGACCUCCCUAGGAAAAUCUCUUUACAAAAAACGAAAAUGCCCAGUGUUACCCGUAUUCUUCAACAGACUAUUUCUCCACAGCAAGCCUUUUAUCUAGAAAGAUGGAAGCAGAAAAUGAUACAGGAACUUGGAAAAGACGGUUUUGCAGAGUAUACUAAAAAUCUUUUCCUCCAAGGAGAGCUCUUUCAUGCAGCUUUGGAAUCUAUAUUCCUGUCUGAAGAGAUGGCGACUAAGGAGCAGGGAGAAGAUGCUACUGUUUCUGGCUACCUAUCAAGUGUGCAACAUGUCUUGAAAGAUAUCAGUGAAGUGAAAGCUCUGGAAAGCGCCGUUCAGCAUGAGACUCUUCAGUAUCUGGGCGUGGUAGACUGCGUGGCUAAGUAUCGAGGCCAGUUGUGUGUGAUUGACUGGAAAACUUCAGAGAAACCAAAGCCGUCUCUGAAGAAUACUUUUGACAACCCAUUGCAGGUUGCAGCAUAUAUUGGAGCCCUCAAUCAUGACGCCAAUUAUGACUUCCAGGUUAGCUGUGGACUCAUUGUGAUUGCCUAUAAGAAUGGCUUCCCUGCACAUCCACAUUUCAUGGAUCCAGAUCUGUGUUCACAGUACUGGAAUAAGUGGCUUUUGCGCCUUGAAGAGUACCUGGGCAGAAACUGA